CCGGUAGUUGGUGCUAUCUAUGUAGUGAAGGGGGGGUAACCCGGCAGGCCGGUGAAAAUGAUCCUCUGCCCCCAGAGCACGGAGCAUCCCCGGGGCAAACAGUGCCAGAGGCUGCAGGUGGCAAAAAUGAGCACCAGCGACAAGGAGCGGACUCCCCAGUUGCUCUUUGUGAAAGCCUUGGCCAGCAGGGGGCGCCUGGAGGCCAUCACACAGCAGAUGGGCUACCACCCGCAAUACCUGGACAGCUUCCUCCGGAUGCAACACUACCUGCUGCACAUGGAUGGCCCCUUGCCCUUUGACUGCCGCCACUACAUUGCAAUCAUGGCAGCUGCCCGGCACCGGUGUCGGUAUCUGGUGAAUCUACACGUGCUGCAGUUCCUGCGGGUUGGCGGUGACCCUCAGUGGCUGAGGGGGCUGGAUUGCAUCCCCCCCAAACUCCGCAAGCUCAGCGAGAUUAACAAGAUCUUGGCACACCGGCCGUGGCUCGUCGGAAAGGAACACAUAGAGAAGCUGCUGAAGAUCAGCGAACAGAGCUGGUCCCUGGCAGAGCUGGUCCACGCGGUCGUGCUUCUAGCUCACUACCACGCGCUGGCCAGCUUCGCUUUUGGCUGUGGCUGUGAACAAGACAUGUGUCCAGAGGGAAGGGGCGUGCUGAAGCUCACUGUCCCAGGGAGCCUCUGCUUCUGCGAAGUGGGCAACGGCUGCAGCCAGGAUCUGCUGCAUCUCAACCGCAAGCGGUCGCUGGAUUCGUGUGUGGAGCUCGAGUCUCUACGAGAGCGCAUUCACAGGCUGCAGGUGGAGAGCGAGACCCGGGAAGAGAUGAGGCUGCCUGAGAGGGAUGAAGGUUUGGACGGGGAAAUCUUGGGCCCUGCAGAUCUCUCCUGCUAUGUUCAGGACCCUGACUUUGGAUACCAGGACUUUGCUCAGCGUGAUGAGAACCAGACGCAGAUAUUCCGUGUCCAGGAUUACUCCUGGGAAGAUCAUGGCUUCUCUCUGGUGAACAGGCUGUACUCGGACAUAGGGUAUCUGCUAGAUGAGAAGUUCCGGAAAGUCGAUGGCCUCCAGAGCUGUGCAAUGGCCAAGCGGCAGGGCUGCGAUCAUGCCACGUUCAAGCGUGGGAUUUGGAACUACAUCCACUGCAUGUUUGGCAUCAGGUACGAUGAUUAUGACUAUGCAGAAGUGAAUCAUCUCCUGGAGCGCAUCCUCAAGCUCUACAUAAAAACUGUGACCUGCUCCCCAGAGAAGAUGAAUCCUGAGAUGUUUGAACGCUUCUGGAAACAGUUCAAGCACAGUGAAAAGGUCCAUAUGAAUCUUCUCAUCCUGGAAGCCAGGCUUCAAGCAGAACUGCUGUAUGCUCUUCGUGCGAUCACUCACUACAUGGUCUCCUAGAAGGGGUGCUGCUGGUGGGACCCCCUUUCGGGCUGAGAACUCGUGGACCACGGCAUUCACCCACCAUGUUUACUUGACAGCAUUCCCUUCCCUUGUGGGGUGUGGGGAGACAGACCCCCCCCCCCUUUUCAUGUGCAAUUUCCAAACUGGGACUUUGGGGGAAAAUAAUUCAAAGGUUGUGUGCAAGGCAUUUUGUGUCCAGUUUGGCAGUGUUGGACGUCGGGCUCCCCUCCCUGCUGUCCAUCCCUGUGGGCAGCUUGGUCUGCCAAAGAGAGUGGCUGGCCACAAGUUGACUUCUCCCCCUCUCCUUCUCUCUGCGCAGGGCAAGGUAGCCAGUGCCACUUCUUCCAUCCUUGAUCCAGUUGCAGUAGCUCUGUCCGCUAAAACACCCGUUACAGUAUUAGGUGGGCCUCUCCCUGCCUCCUCAUGCCAUUCUUGCCCCCUUCUUAUUGUGCCAACUUGACCCACAUUGGGAAAGGCUCAGCUUGCUCUUGGACACUCUCGCAUUGGGUAAGGUGAGAGGGAAAGGUGGUAUGCUUUCUGGCUUCUUGGAAAGGUACUGGUAGGGCUUCGUGAGACCUUCCUUCUUAUUGGUCUCUCUCCUGGCCUAAAAUAGGGUAUUGUGUAUGUUUGUGUAUGGAGGAAGCAUGUAGAACUCUUUGCUUGUGGGAGCUCCUGCUCCUCGCUCUGCAGUUUUCUUCCCUGGUUAGGUUCUUCCCACCUGUUCUCCUCACUAGCUGUUUUCCCUGGCCAAAGUCCCCCGCCUGCUCAGCACACACCCCUUUAACCCCUACACAGCCCAUUUGUGUUUGAGCUGUAGUUGGAGGGCGCAGCUCCAGGCCCCGUUCUACCCUGAUAUCAACACAUUCCCCUAUCUGGCUUUUCUCUGUGGCUUCUCCAGACUUCCACGAGCCAGCAAAGGGACAGGGGGUGUCCAAGGGUUUGAAUAUGUGCCCCCAAUGACAUUUUUUCUUCUUCCAAGAGGUCUGUUGUGAUGACAUAAGCUACUUCUGUGAUGGCUUCCUGUAAUCUGUGCUCUCACUAGGAACUCUCUGCCAGCAGAGAACUGGGGGGAGUUUGGGGGGGGGGGAAGACUGGUGCUCUAUUUUUAAUGCUGGCAUGUGCCACUCUGCAAGUCCAAGAGAAUACUCCCCUGGCCGGCAUGCUGCAGCGGCGACCCUUUUUGUGGGUAAUUGUGCAUGCACAUCGCCUGGAUCACAGCACAGAAGCUGCAUCUCUUGGAAGGCUUGGGGUUGGGGGGUUGUAGGGACCCGGCAGAGGAAUGCCUGAGGGUCACUGCGAAGUGGGGAGUGGGCUUGUCACACAGGGCAUCAGCUAACCUGUUUACUGUGUAAAUGUUUUUUUGGGGGGUGGGGGACAGAACACCGUAUGGGGAAGAAAGUAAAAGCCUAUUUUUGCUAUAAAUAUAACUGUUUG